AUCGGGCUCCUUGCACUUUGCACUUGGGCAGCUAGCUAGCUAAGCUAGGUAGUAAUUAAGAAUUAUUGCUAGCAAUGGCGUUUCAUCACGUCAUGGGCAUUGUAGCAGCCAUGCUUCUCCUGAUGGCGUCGUCGCCGGCCGUCGCCGACACGGCGGUGCUCGGCCGGAAGGGCGGCGCCAUGACUGACGAUGAUGCCGUGGAAGGAGAAGCAACGACGGGGCCGGGGAGGUACGCCGUGAUAUUGGACGCCGGAAGCACGGGCACACGAGUGCACGUCUUCAGGUUCGACAAGAAGAUAGACCUCCUCAAGAUCGGCGACGACAUCGAGGUCUUUGCCAAGGUGGAUCCCGGGCUGAGCUCGUACGCUGGGCGGCCGCAAGAGGCAGCAAAAUCCAUAAUGCCUCUGCUUGACAGGGCCAACCACGCUGUUCCUACCUGGCUUAUGAAUAAAACUCCCCUUGAACUUGGGGCAACUGCUGGACUCAGACUUAUUGGAGAUGACAAGGCAAACCAGAUUCUUGAAGCGGUUAGAGAUGUUGUCCACACCAAGACCAAGUUCCAAUACAAUCCAAACUGGAUUAAUGUUCUUAGUGGAUCUCAAGAAGGAUCUUACAUGUGGGUUGCACUUAACUAUUUGCUGGAUAGAUUAGGAGGUGACUACUCCAAAACUGUAGGAGUGAUUGAUCUCGGAGGUGGAUCCGUGCAAAUGGCCUAUGCCAUCUCAACAGGCACAGCUGCUAAUGCUCCAGAAGUGCUCGAUGGGCAGGAUCCUUAUAUUAUAAAGGAGUAUCUCAAAGAAAGAGAUUACAAUGUUUAUGUGCACAGUUACUUGCACUAUGGUGCUCGGGCUUCUCGCGUGGAGAUACUAAAAAGGAAGAAUGGGACAUUUAGCAACUGCAUGCUGCGUGGAUUUAGCGGUAAGUACAUCUAUAACGGGGAGCAGUAUGAUGCAACGGCAGCGCCACAAGGGGCAGACUACCACAAGUGUAGAGAUGACGUGGUGAAGGCACUCAACCUGGACGCGCCUUGCGAAACCAACAACUGCAGCUUCAACGGAGUGUGGAACGGCGGCGGUGGCGCUGGGCAGGACGAGCUCUACGUUGCGACCAGUUUCUACUACAUGGCCUCGGAUAUUGGGUUCAUCGAUAGCGAGGCUCCUAGUGCUAAGUCCACACCAGCAGCAUACAAGGUUGCUGCAGAAAAAGUUUGCAGUCUGAGUGUUGAAGAAGCGAAAGCAGCAUACCCCAGAGCUUGUGACCAUGCUUAUCUAUGCAUGGACCUCGUUUACCAAUACACCUUGCUUGUCGAUGGCUUUGGUUUGGAGGCAACGAAGGAGAUGACGCUGGUAGAGAAGGUGAAGCAUGGAGAGUACUACAUCGAAGCGGCGUGGCCAUUGGGCACCGCCAUUGAGGCUGUCUCACCCAAAAAGAAGCACCAAGAGACAUGAGUUUCCAUUGAGAUAGCUAGGAUAUGAUGUACUAAUAUUAUGUUGUGUGAUGCAUGUGUUGUGCCGGUUUAUUUUAUUUUACACAUGCAUGCAUAUCCGUUGCUAAGUAAUAAUAUAAUAGAGGUAGCUUAUUAAUUUACAUGGAGGCCGGUGGCCAUAUAUAUAUAUAUAUGUAUGACGAUGUUUGCCAA